AUGCAGAAAGUCCAGAAGACGACAGCAAACCGGGGAGUCGAUGUCCUCAGAUACACCACAAAAUAUUCUGAUGCAUUCACGAGCGGUCACACCAGCCUUGGUACCCCGUAUUGCAGGUCGCGAAAGUUUAGUCGCUCUGCCCUGGGGCUCAAAGACCAGGAUAUCAAUACCAUUAUUACUGAACGACAUCAAGAGUUGGACGUGAUCUCGCACGAGACCUUGGACCUCGCGCACACUGUCAUGGAUAAAACAAAAGACCUUGGCCAUCAGCUUGCGAAAAAGCAUGAUAAAAUCAUUGAGUCGGCGAACCUGAACAAAGGACUUCGAUCGGCUCUCGAGCGCUUUCCAACUAAAGUUUUGUCCAAGAUUUUUGACUACUAUCUUAUGGACAGCAAUUAUCUGAGCCGCAGAUCAAACCCGUCUCCCAUGCAGUUGGCCAGAGUAUGCCACCGAUGGAGGGAUGUUGCUGAGCGCAUGGCCAACUUGUGGUGCAAACUCUCUUUUGACGUCGGCGAUGACCGCACCGAAUGGAAGCGGUCAAUUUUCUACUAUGAUUCAUGGCUCAAGCGAUCACAAGACUAUCCACUCUCAUUACAACUCCGCCCUGGAUACGCCAAAGGUGGGACGGCCAAAUUACGACAGCUUCUUCAACCUUGCAUGAGCCGAGUCUCAUCUCUUGAUAUCGUAUUCUGGGACGAUGUUGAACCAGAACAUUUGCUAGAAGACCUCCCUGCAGGACUUCAGGAGCUUACCGUAUGCUUUGGCGACUGGUUCGAUGCUUCAGCCAUUGCACAAUCUCUCUCGCAGCUACCGUCCACUGUGCGUAGUCUCAAGAUCAUAGACCGGAUAUUUGGCCCGGACUGUUUACAUUCUCUCAAUCCUGUAUGGGCCCACCUAACACACGUCGAGAUCGCCAUUCGUCCGCGAAAUGUGUUCCAUUUCCUCUUUCUAUGUCCCAACCUCUCCUCGUGCGAGCUUAUCUUCAGUCAACCAGUGUCCAUGGAUACUCGUGUUCAGUGCAUGAGGUUUACACAUGCGAAUCUUCGAUCAUUGUGCAUCAUUUGUCCCGGGCGCUUCGAAUCUAACCCACUCCCUAUACUGUUCAGAGCACUCAUACUCCCUAAGUUGCGCACCCUCGAAAUUCGCUAUGGAUUUCUGUCGUCCCCUCAUGAAGAGUUGCUGACGUUUCUCAGACGGUCGAAAUGUCCCCUGGAGAUACUGAUUUUCGACGCUGUAGUAAUACCACCGCCGGAGCAGCAGGGCGACUUCAUUGCCAUCAUUCCUACCCUUAAAAUAGAAUGUAAGCUGGAUAUUGAUACCAACUAG